AAGAAAGAGAGCCACCAUACAAAUGUCACGUUUUGGAACUUCUUUUAAGACUGCCAUAGACAGACUCUUCGAAGCACAUUCGUUUCAAGAUUCCAUUUCGCUUCAUUUCGGGUAGUUUACUGAUUUCACAUUUCAGAUUUCAGAUUUGUUCUUCCACACCUUUGAGAACGAUGACGGCGUCUGCUAGUGAUAUUUCAGAGAACGGCAAAGCUACAAUUGUAGCACUUGCUCCACUCGAAGCAGUAUUAUUUGAUGUUGAUGGAACUCUUUGUGAUUCAGAUCCAAUCCACCACAUUGCUUUUCAAGAAAUGCUUCAAGAGAUCGGUUUCAAUGGUGGGGUUCCAAUAGACGAAGAUUUCUUUAUUAAGACCAUUGCUGGAAAACAUAACGAUGACAUUGCAGCUGCCCUUUUCCCUGAUGAUAUCCAAAAGGGAUUAAAAUUCUGUGAAGACAAAGAGGCUUAUUUUAGGAAAUUGGUGAAGGAAAAAGUGGAGCCUAUAAAGGGUUUAUACAAAUUAACAAAAUGGAUUGAAGAUCAUGGGUUGAAAAGAGCAGCUGUUACUAAUGCCCCAAGGCCAAAUGCUGAGCUCAUGAUUUCAACUCUUGGUCUUACUGAUUUCUUCCAUUGUCUUAUCAUUGGUGAUGAAUGUGAGCACCCAAAACCAGCACCUGAUCCUUACUUAAAAGCUCUUCAACUUCUCAAUGUAUCAAAAGCCCAUACUUUCAUCUGUGAGGACUCGGUUUCUGGGAUAAAAGCUGGUGUGGCAGCUGGAAUGCCAGUUGUCGGGUUAUCAACUAGAAAUCCUGAACACAUGCUCAUGACUGCAAACCCGACACUUCUCAUCAAAAAUUAUGAAGAUCCGCAAUUAUGGGCAGCUUUAGAAGAAAUCGAUAAAAAGAAGACAAGUGUCGCUUAAAACAUUAAUCAUAAAAAAAACAUUCGUAUAUCUAGAAUCAAACAACAUCAUUGUUCGCCUUAUUCGUAAUAAUCCCAAACUUUUCCCUUAAAAAAAUACCAAUUCGUGUAUUUUACAAAUUGUAUGAGGAGGGCAUUUACGUCUUUUACAUAGACGAGAAAUCAACAGCGAGAGGCGAGUCUGUUUUUUUUUAUUGGUGGACAAAUAAGUGCAAGUUUUGUCUCAUUGACAUCAGGUUAGGUUGGGGUGGCCCUGACAUACUGACAUUGACAUACACUGAUAAAUGCAAAACAACUUGUUUUGUCUUAAUAGCAAAAAAAAAUGUUAAUGACCGUUGAUUAGCACCAACUUGACGAUAAUUCUAAACUUUUGCCUUAAAAAAGACGGAAUCGGGUUGGUAUAGUUAUGUUUGCUUCUAUAUUUUUAGAUAUAAUGGUCGUAUGAUGAGGAUAUUUACGUUUUUUUUGCACAGACAAGAGAUCAAUAAUGGUUUUUUUUUUUUGUCCCGUGCUGUUUUAUUUUUUUUAUGGACGAAAGUUGCAAAUUUUGUAUCAUUUACAUGGUCUUGAUGACAAAUACAUAGUUGUUAAGUAUAAGUUUGGGUCAUUUCUUGUUUUAAAGAAAAGAAAUGAGAAUUUAAUUUAGUCUUUUCUAUGUAAAAAAAAAAA